AUGGCUUCAUCAAAUCGACCACUCAUUUAUGGUCAACCAACAACAGCAAUUACACAGUCACGCUAUUUUUUGAUUACGAUGACUAACUAUCCAAAUGCAUUGUUACGUACACAACAGUAUCAAGAACCACCAAUUCAGCAAUAUAUACAACAAUAUCGGGGUGCCAUAUUCAUACCCAAUACACCCAUGCGAAUCGGCAUCGAUGGCUCAGAACGAUAUGAAAGAUUCUUAUAUACUACAUUAAGAUUUGAAUUAGAAGAAUCAGUUCGAGCGUAUCUUCAACGAACUCAACGAUUAUAUCCAAUUAAUUUGGUUUUCGAUCUCUCGCACAUUAGCCAACAACGAUCAUUUGUUCAAUGA